AUGAAUUAUUCCAAAAAUAACCUGUAUUACAAAGUGUACAAGUUGAACUAUUAGAACAAGUAGAACAAUUUUAAAUUCCAGAACAAGAUUUACAUGUUGUUGAAACAUUAUCUAAAUAUGUUCCUGAAGCACAUUUUUAACACUCAGGUGAUGAAGAUCCUGAACCAGAACCAGAACCAGAUCCUGAUCCAGAUCCUGAAGAAGAACUUUAACAAGGUUCACAUGAUCCUCCUAAAUCAUAACCUGAAUUACACUUUGUACAAACCAAUUACUAAUUUUAAUAGGAACAUUCUGCACAAUGUGCUAUUCCUUAACUACAACUUUUGCAUGAAUCACCAUAAGGAAAUUAUGUAGAAUUACAAUUAGCACCAGAAUCAGCUUAACAAGGUUAUACAUUAUUAAUAGGUUGAUCAUGUCCUGCCAAACAUUUAAAACAUUUUAAAUUAUUACCCUCAUAACCACAAUUUGAACAUCCAUUCAUUUCAAAUGAACAAGUUAAACAUGAUCCAGCUUAAAGAUAACUUUAAGCUGGACAUGUAGUACAAGUAACAGUAGUACAUGUAGUACAUUUACUACCAUCUGUUGAAAACCCUAUUAAACAUGUUGAACAAUUUGAAUUAUUUGAACAUUCUGUACAAUUUGAAUCAGUACAAGGUUAACAAUAAGUAUUAUCCCAAUAAUAUCCAGUUUUACAUUUAUCACAUUUUGAAGAGUUAGUACAAAUACUACAAUUAUUAAUAGAUCCAGAGCAAAUUUAACAAAUGUUAUUAUGAUCUAAAUAAUAACCAAUUAAACAUCCUGUACAAUUUUAAGAAUUAGAACAAGUACCACAAUUAGAAAGAGAAAUUGA